CUCCCCCGCCACCUCCCCUCACCCCGCCUCCUUCCCUCUCCCCACCCCCAAACCCUCUCACCCGCGCGGCAACCCGGUGCGAGGCCCCCUCCGGAAGGUGAGGGGAAUGGAUUGGACUCCGGUGGGGAAAGCGGGUGUCUAGAAGUGGUGCUAAUGGGAAGAGAUUUCUGGUUUCAAAAGAGGAUGCUCUGCCACAAAGAGCGGCUCGCGCGCUGGCCUGGGCUCUAGCCGAGGAGAGAUCCCGGGAGAACUCCAGAGCUCGUGGGGAGCGCUCCUCGGAAGACCGGGAUCAACAUGCCUGUUCGCAGGGGGCAUGUGGCACCACAAAACACAUUUUUGGGGACCAUCAUACGGAAAUUUGAAGGGCAAAAUAAAAAAUUUAUCAUUGCAAAUGCCAGAGUGCAGAACUGUGCCAUCAUCUACUGCAACGAUGGGUUCUGUGAGAUGACUGGUUUCUCCAGGCCAGAUGUCAUGCAAAAGCCGUGCACCUGCGACUUUCUCCAUGGGCCUGAGACUAAGAGGCAUGAUAUUGCCCAAAUUGCCCAGGCAUUGCUGGGGUCAGAGGAGAGGAAAGUAGAGGUCACCUACUAUCACAAAAAUGGGUCCACUUUCAUUUGUAACACUCACAUAAUUCCAGUGAAGAACCAAGAGGGCGUGGCUAUGAUGUUCAUCAUUAAUUUUGAAUAUGUGACAGAUGAAGAAAAUGCUACUUCCCCAGAGAGGGUAAACCCAAUAUUACCAGUCAAAACUGUAAACCGGAAACUUUUUGGGUUCAAGUUCCCUGGUUUGAGAGUUCUCACUUACAGAAAGCAGUCCUUACCACAAGAAGACCCCGAUGUGGUAGUAAUCGAUUCAUCUAAACACAGUGAUGAUUCAGUAGCCAUGAAACACUUUAAGUCUCCUACAAAAGAAAGCUGCAGCCCCUCAGAAGCAGAUGAUACAAAAGCCUUGAUACAGCCUAGCAAAUGCUCACCCCUGGUGAAUAUAUCUGGACCUCUUGACCAUUCCUCUCCCAAAAGGCAAUGGGACCGUCUCUACCCUGACAUGCUGCAAUCAAGUUCCCAGUUAACUCAUUCCAGAUCAAAGGAAAGCAUCUGCAGUAUACGGAGAGCUUCAUCAGUUCAUGACAUAGAAGGAUUCAAUGUCCACCCUAAGAAUGUAUUUAGAGACCGACAUGCCAGUGAAGACAAUGGUCGCAAUGUUAAAGUUUCACGUUCCUGGAUGGCAGGGGGGCCUUUUAAUCAUAUCAAGUCAAGCCUCCUGGGAUCCACGUCGGAUUCAAACCUCAACAAAUACAGCACCAUUAACAAGAUUCCACAGCUCACUCUGAAUUUUUCAGAUGUCAAAACUGAAAAAAAGAACACAUCCCCUCCUUCUUCAGAUAAAACCAUUAUUGCACCCAAAGUUAAAGAUCGAACACACAAUGUGACAGAGAAAGUUACCCAGGUUCUCUCUUUAGGAGCGGAUGUCCUGCCAGAAUAUAAACUGCAGACACCACGCAUCAACAAGUUUACAAUAUUGCACUACAGUCCUUUCAAGGCUGUCUGGGAUUGGCUUAUUCUGCUGUUGGUCAUAUACACGGCUAUAUUCACUCCCUACUCUGCAGCCUUUCUCCUCAAUGACAGAGAAGAACAGAAAAGACGAGAAUGCGGCUAUUCCUGCAGCCCUUUGAAUGUGGUAGACUUGAUUGUGGAUAUUAUGUUUAUCAUAGACAUUCUUAUAAACUUCAGAACAACAUAUGUAAAUCAGAAUGAAGAAGUGGUAAGUGAUCCAGCCAAAAUAGCAAUACACUACUUCAAAGGCUGGUUCCUGAUUGACAUGGUUGCAGCAAUUCCUUUUGACUUGCUGAUUUUUGGAUCUGGUUCUGAUGAGACAACAACAUUAAUUGGUCUUUUGAAGACAGCUCGACUCCUUCGUCUUGUGAGAGUGGCCCGGAAACUUGAUCGAUAUUCAGAAUAUGGGGCUGCCGUUCUAAUGCUCUUAAUGUGCAUAUUUGCCCUGAUUGCUCACUGGCUGGCUUGCAUUUGGUAUGCGAUUGGGAAUGUAGAAAGGCCAUACCUGACUGACAAAAUCGGAUGGUUGGAUUCCUUAGGACAACAAAUUGGGAAACGUUACAAUGACAGUGAUUCAAGUUCAGGACCAUCCAUUAAAGACAAAUACGUCACAGCACUUUAUUUUACCUUCAGCAGCUUAACAAGUGUAGGAUUCGGCAAUGUGUCUCCUAACACCAAUUCAGAGAAAAUCUUUUCAAUUUGUGUCAUGUUGAUUGGCUCACUAAUGUAUGCAAGCAUUUUCGGGAACGUAUCUGCAAUUAUCCAAAGACUGUACUCGGGAACUGCCAGGUACCACAUGCAGAUGCUGCGAGUAAAAGAGUUCAUUCGCUUUCACCAAAUCCCCAACCCUCUGAGGCAACGGCUUGAAGAAUAUUUCCAGCAUGCAUGGACUUACACCAAUGGCAUUGACAUGAACAUGGUCCUAAAGGGUUUCCCAGAAUGUUUACAAGCUGACAUUUGUCUACAUCUCAACCAGACUUUGCUGCAAAACUGCAAAGCCUUUCGGGGGGCAAGUAAAGGUUGCCUUAGAGCUUUGGCAAUGAAGUUCAAGACCACCCACGCACCUCCAGGAGACACUCUGGUUCACUGUGGGGAUGUCCUCACUGCACUUUAUUUCUUAUCCAGAGGCUCCAUUGAAAUCCUCAAAGAUGACAUUGUGGUAGCUAUUCUGGGAAAAAAUGAUAUAUUUGGAGAGAUGGUUCAUCUUUAUGCCAAACCUGGGAAAUCUAAUGCUGAUGUCAGAGCUCUCACAUACUGUGACUUGCAUAAGAUCCAGAGGGAAGACUUGCUAGAGGUUUUGGAUAUGUAUCCUGAGUUUUCUGAUCACUUUCUCACAAACCUAGAGUUGACUUUCAACCUAAGGCAUGAGAGUGCAAAGGCUGAUCUCUUAUUACGAUCACAGUCCAUGAAUGAUUCUGAAGGAGACAACUGUAAGCUGCGAAGAAGGAAAUUGUCAUUUGAUAGUGAAGGAGAGAAAGAUUUUGGCAAAGAAAGCACAACAAAUGAUCCUGAAGACUCUAUAGAUACCAUAAGACAUUAUCAGAGUUCCAAGAGACACUUUGAAGAGAAAAAAAGCAGAUCUUCAUCUUUCAUCUCCUCCAUUGAUGAUGAACAAAAGCCUCUCUUCUCAGGAAUUGUAGAUUCUCCUCCAGGAAUAGGGAAAGUAACUGGACUUGAUCUUGAAGAAACAGUGCCCACCUCAGGAAGAAUUCACGUGGAUAAAAGAAGUCACUCUUGCAAAGAUAUUGCAGAUACUAGAAGCUGGGAACGAGAAAAUGCCGGGACUCAGGCCGAUGAGUCAAGUUCCUCAGCACUUCAGCGAGCUGCCUGGGGGAUCUCUGAAACCGAAAGUGACCUCACCUAUGGAGAAGUGGAGCAAAGAUUAGAUUUGCUUCAAGAACAACUUAACAGACUUGAAUCCCAAAUGACUGCAGACAUCCAGACCAUCUUACAGCUGCUGCAGAAACAAACCACUGUGGUCCCCCCAGCCUACAGUAUGGUCACUGCAGGAACCGAGUAUCAGAGGCCCAUCAGCCACCUAACGAGAACCAGGCAUCCAGUGGCAUCCAUCAAAACAGAUCGAAGUUUCAGUCCAUCCUCACAAUGUCCUGAAUUUCUAGACCUUGAAAAAUCUAAACUUAAAUCCAAAGAAUCCCUCUCAAGUGGAGUGCAUCUGAACACAGCUUCGGAAGACAACUUGACUUCACUUUUAAAACAAGACAGUGACAUCUCUUUAGAGCUUCAUCCCCCGAGGCAAAGAAAAACUUACCUUCGUCCAAUUAGACAUCCUUCUUUGACAGAUUCUUCCCUAAGCACUGUAGGAAUCUUGGGUCUUCAUAGGCAUGUUUCUGAUCCUGGUCUUCCGGGGAAAUAAUCAUUUUGUACUAUUUAUUCCACAUACGAUGUAAGUGCUUUUAAUGGCUGUUUUCCUUUUUGUAUUUAAAUCCUCUCUACUUGACUCAGGGGCUCACAAGAUACCAUUAUAUGCAAAAGUACUGUAUAUUUUCCUAAAUUGAAGCUUGUAAGGUAAAAUUGAGCAAUUAGGAUGUAAAUAUACAUAUGAACUCUUUUGUUCCAAAUGUUAAAACUGCCAGCAUCUCAAGGCACCUUAUUUUUUAUUUUUUUUAAAUCACAUGCAUGUUAGGAAACUCCAAUUUCUCUUGCAUGGAGACUCCUAUUUACUGCUUUUACGCAACCAGUACUUUGUUAUGAAAAUGCCUUCCAAGCAAAUGAGAAAACAAAGGAUAAAAUUGUUCAUGGAUGCAACUCAGAUGAUUCUCAACUCAUGGAAGUUCAAGAGGGAGAAAGGGAACUUAGUCACUUUUGAGGACAGAUACCCUUUUUUAUUGAGAUGUUUAUAGUUAAUUACAUUCAUUCCACACAUUGAAAAAAUAUAUAUACAGUUUUAGAGUUAUAAAUCUCUGACAGUUUAGGAAGCCAUCUCCAAAUACAUAUAUAGGCCAGCUUUAAUGAGGACAAAAAGGCCUAUUUAAAAUUCUGUUUCUAACUGCAUUCACAAACUCCCUAAAAUAUUUUUCACUGGCACAUUUCCUUGAAUGCUUAGAAACAAGUGUCUCUAAUUUUUCUUUUUUGGGCAGUGGGUGAGGAGGUGGGUAGAGAGUCUUCUUAAGAACUGCCAAAGUGCUACUGACACAAACUGAUAUCCACAGCUUUCUUCUGACUCAUGUUUUAGGGCAAUCCUGAAUUUGAUUAAAUUGACACAUAGAGUUUUCUUUUCCAAAAAUAUGCAAUUUUAGUGGAUUUGUGUGGCAAAACUGGCUCCUAUUAAGUAUCUGUUGUUCUGUGGCUUUCUAAUCCCAGCUGUGGAAAAAGAAUGUGCAUUUGCGUACCUAUAAAGAAAAUGCACAAACCAGCAGAAAAAAAUCAGUUUUAUUUGGUUAUUCACACAUAUUUGCUAAUCAAAGAUUAAAUGAAACUCUAUUAUAUAUGGAUUGGGCUGAAUAUUUAUUGACCCUAGAAUAUUGGCACAUACAAUGGAAUAUAUUUUAAUGUCAUCGACUCUUAGAUUAUUUAGGGUGGGAUACAUGCCUCUCCUAAAAUCAGGGUACAGAAAAAAAUUACAAGUUAAUUUGAGAUUCUAAUUAGUCAAAUUCUAGUUAAAACUAAGAAGUUUUAUUUUUCAAUUCAUUUGGAUACAAUUUUAAACUUACUGUGGACUGAUCCAUUGUAUCCAUUCCUUCUGAACAAAAUUUUGAAACUUUUUGAAAGUUUAUCCUUUAUUCAUUCUUAAAUGCAUACAUUUUUAAAGAAACAUUAUAUCUGGAUUAAUUAAAUGGAUUAAUUUCUAUCCCUGCAGGAUAGAAAUGUAAUCUAUUGACUUUACUUUUGACACUGGUAUAAUUUCAAAUACAAGCAAUUUAUUUAAAUUUACGAAAAGCUUGCACUGUUUAAAAUAUGCCCGAUAUAUUUUUUAAUGGUCACAUAAAUUGAUAAUCUGUGUGGGAGGCAAUCUAUAUGCAUAGGCAUAUUGUUAUCCCUGCUUAAUUUUUGAAAAACAAAAGCAUAAGCAAUCAAGUACACAUGACAAAAUAACCAGUCAAUUCAAUAAACAUAUAAUAAUUUUAACCAGCUUUCCAUAAUUCCAUUUGGUAUUAUGCAGACAGAAAUAUAAGGACUAGUUGAUGCUUUCCUUUACUCAUUAAACAAACUUUUAUGGGUGCCUCUCAGGGGAGAGAAAGAAUGACUAACUCUGAUUCAGAGGACAAUUUAGGGAUUUUAUUUUCAUAUUUAGGCAGAUUUUUUGCAGCUGCUACAAAUUUCAUAAGGAUUGUCAGUCCAAGCUCCAGGGAAAUUCAAAAUGAAUUCACUAGAGAAUGUUCAUUUGUAGGGAGAGAGGAUUUGGCAGGUGAGGAAUUUAGAUUUGAUUGUUUGAUUAGUGGAUGCUUCAGCUGCAAUAUUUGGUAUGACAUGCACACAAUUCAGCCUUUCACAUAAAGCCUCCAUAUUUCUUUAUAAAAACUAAGCAUGAAGGAACGGGAAGAUGGAGAAUGGUGCGCAAGCAUCCAGCUUGUUUAAAUUCUAGUGUAACAUAAAACUUUUCUUCUUAAUUCCUCAAAAUAAAAGGCUUGAUAUUAAAAUCCAAGUCUAAGAGAGAAUUGGACAAGAUUAGGAAGAUCUCUUCCUAUAGGAUAUUAGCUUAAAGGAGCUCGAGAGAGAGAUAAUGUGGUGCGUCAGGCAUAAAUGUCAGAAGACUCAGUGGUUACAAUGACUUAAACCAAAGCAAUUAUCUUGAUUUACAAAAUCCAUCUUCCUGUCCUAACCAAAUCUUUAAUGCCUAAAAUCUCUGUCACUCUCCCCAGGGGCUGCGGCAAAACAGUCUCAAUCAACCCUUCCAUCCUGGGACUCUGCUGAGAGCCAGGUAACUGCUGUAUAGCUGGUAACAGCCAUACAGCAGCUGCUCUCCUUCUAGGUAAUUACAAGCAUUAGCAUAAUAACACUUUUUGCCUUCCACCUAAAAAUAAUGUUCCCUGGUCUCCCUCCAGGCCCAAAUAAAAUGACAUCUAAUAUCUAAAGUUUAUAUGAGUUACAUGUUUUCCGAUGUUGUAAUUGCUGGGCAGAGAUCUGAAAGGCUUGAGUUGACCCUUUAGGGGAGACCCAUACUCUCAUCAGUUGAUGAAAAAAUCAGGGAUGAAAAAUGCUGAAGCAGUGUUCUUUGCAGGGGUUUUAAAUUAAUAAUCACUCGUUCAACAAACAUGGGUAGGCAGGAGCACGUCUGGGACAUCAGAGUUUCUUAGGUCCAUUAUAACAGUUUGGUCAUCAGAGUUGAACUUUCUGGCUCUUCUAGUCAGAAGAGGGAAACUAGGCCAGGGCGCAUUUGCUAUCAGGUUUAGUAUGUGUAUGAGGAUUGCUCAUAAGGUCCUUUUGGAGGUUGACUUUCAGCAAUGGCCCUUAAAUGCAUGAAAGAACAAUGUCCUUAUCCAAAUGUUAUUUUAAAACCCACCAGAUAUUAUCUAAAGGAUAAAAUUUAUCACCUUUUCUGCCUAUCUAAAAUAACAGCUAUAAACAAGAGUAUCUGUCCUCUGAACGCUUUUCAUGGUUUUAAAAAAAGGAAUCUGAUAGAACUAGUUACUAAAAGGAAAUUAAACUUUUUCAAAUGUUAUCUAUGGUUAAAACCAAAAGAAAAUAAAUUAUCAAAGUAUACUUCCAGCUGUAAAUCAAAAUGUUUAUAAAUUACAAAAAAAUAUUAGGUUUCUAAUCAUAUUUUUUGCAGUAAAACAAAUGUGUCUAUCUAUCAUGUGAGUUCAAAGAGGCACUUAGAAGACAGGAUGAUGUCCUUACAUGCAGGCCUUGAAUUAGCACUAGCUCCACCUGGUCACUUAUUAGAAAUGCAUAUUCUUGGGCUCCAACCCUAUGUACUAAAUCAGAAACUUUGGGGGUAGGGCCAGCAGCCAUAUAACAAACCCUUCUCCAUACAAUCCUGAUGCACAUGAAAACUUUGGAGAAUCACCAGUGUAGGGUAUGGGCUCCACAGUCAGACCAACCUGAGUCUCCGCACAAGUUCUUUCACUAAUAGCCAUGUGACCCUGAGCAAGUUAAUUAACCUCCCUGAGUCAUUUUCCAGAGAUAAUGCUAUCUGCCCUGAAGACACUUAAGGAAGAAAUGAGAUUAAUGUAUAGGUAAGUGCCUGGCAAAUAGUAGGUGCUCAAAAGUGCUAAAUUCUUUGGCUGUCAUCCAGGAGUGUAACAUUAAAAACAAUCAGGAAGACAAAAAAUUUUCCACAAAUUAUUACUUAUUGUGCACAUUUUGUACAAUGUGCUAUGUCGCUAACAGCUGUUACCAAGACUAAAGUUUGUUUUUUUUUUUCUUUGCCGCAACGGUGGCAUUCAGAAGUUCCUGGGGCCAGGAAUGAACCUGUGCCACAACAGUUACAAGGCCAGAUCCUUAACCCCCUGUGCCACCAGGGAAUUCCAAGACUAAAGUUUUUAAUUCAGAGAAACGUUAAAUGUAGCUAUUUCUUUCUCCUAAAUGUAUUUUGCACUAUUAGGUUUAUAGCUUUAAAAUAAUGCUUACUAUUUACAAUAAUAGUGAGUAUGAAUCUCAUUGUUAAAAAACAUAUCAAACUCUGAAUUGAUGUUAAAUACCAAGUGUGCAGAGAUGAUCUGUCAAAUUCAAUAUGGCUAGAAUGCAUUUUGUGAAGACUGGCUCACUAUGGAAGCCCCUCUUUAGAUCCAUGGUAUAGUUCCCCAAUGGAUAUUUAUAAUUCUCAAAAUACAAUUUUGCAAGAAAAUAUAUUUUUUUCAGAAAAAAGAAUUUCAUAGUUGUAAUUUCAUAGUUUCAAGCAUCUAGGCCCACUUCCCCAUUGCACAGAUACAUUAUUCAGACCUAGCCUGCCUGAGCUCUCGUGUGGAAGGGUAGACAUGGCAAGAGAUUCAGUGUGGUAAACCUGAAUUCAAAGCCUACCUCUCCACUCACUCUUAAGACAAACCCUCAGUGAGCCCCAGUAUCCAAAACUAUCAAAGAAGAGGUAACAUCUUAAAUAUCUUCAAAGAGUGUUGAGGAGUCCCUGAUAUACAUGCUGGAAGUGCUUAGUAAGCGGGAGCGCACCAUAAAAUUAUAAGAUCAUCAUGUAACUUACACAUCAUCACAAAGAUGGUGGUAUUGUGGUAUAAGUCAGUAGCACUACUAAUAGCUUCUAAAAAACCUUCCAGUGCUUUCCCCGGCCCAACACUGCCCAUAGUUAGACUCUCUGACAAAAAUCUGUAGAUGAUUCUCUCACAGCUCUUGAAGAUCCAUUUGCUCAGAGGAGGAGAAUGCCAGCCUUAGCACCUCAGUAUUUGUCAAAUAUUACCUUUGUCCAAGACCCAUAAAAUUAUAUUUACAUUGCAAUUGUUUUCUUGUCUUACAAUAGCUUCCUCUUCUCCCUCUCAAGUAAGUGUUCUCAUUUAAAGUUGUUUUCUUGUGGUUCUAGUUAACAUGAAGUGAUGUCAACCUUUUAAAAACUAAAAGGAUUGUAUUUUUAAAUGAUUUUAUAGAGUAUUAGGUAUUGUGAUUGAUCAGUGCCCAAGUGUAGAAUAAUUCACUACAUGCUCUUGUGGUACAAGUACACUUUAAGAAUAUGCAAUACAGAAAAUCCACAGGAAGAUAUGAAUUAUUAAUAAUUGACAGCAUGAAAUUAUUAUAAGGCUUAUUUAUAUAAGCUCUUUAAGUGGAGGUUGACAGAAAUGACUAACAAGUUACUUUAACACAUAAUCAUUAUGAGUAGAAUAAAAUCUAUAGAAAUGUAAUGCUAACACAGAACUAAUUGACCAAUUUCAUUGUUUUGUCAACCAUAAUGCAACUUUUAAAUGAGAAUACCAAGAAUUACUACAGAAAUGCUCCCAAUAUUUUUGAGAAAUGGCAAUAUUAACAUGGUUACUCUUGAAAAGCUAACAAAAAACAGAUGAAUUCCUAAACUGCAGUCAUGGUAUCUGUAACUUAGAGACGCAAAGUAAUUUAGCACAAUUGUGGUUUUAAAGCACUAUAUUUAGAGCCUAUAUCUUUGUACUUCCACUAUCUGUAUUUUAAUGGUGUUUUUAAGUUGAAAAUAAUCUAACAACUAUUACCAUUUAAACUAUUUUUAAUACUGAUAUUAUAGUUUGUAUAUUUGAGAAAAUCCCAUCGUUCUUAUGUUAUUUAGGAGUAAAUUCAAACACCAGUAAUCUUAUAUAAUUAAUUCCUCCACAGUCUCAUCAAAAUGGCCCUAUUAUUACAAUAGCAUUGAAAUAAUACGGUAUUUUUUCCAAACAUUAGAGAAAAAAAGAUUAAAAAUAUUGGGGGAAUCCCUAGUUUUUAAUCUUUUAGGCACCUGCCUAUUUUAGUUAAAUGCAUAUUACCUAUUUUUAGCUGAAAUUUGUGUUCUGUAAUUUUGAUAGGAAUAUGUAUACCAGAACGUUUGCCGGUUAAGUAAUACAUUUCAAAAAGUAAUGUGUGUAAUCACUUGAAAAACGUCAGUCAUCUGAGAUAAACCAGUUCAGUCACAUUGGUUAAGUAGUAAGUACCUUGGAAUGCUUUAAAUAUAAUGAAACAAUCUACCAAAACACAUAUAUUUCCUAGUCUUUAUGCACAUAAUGUAGCAUGAAAUCAUGAUGCUUUUGAAAUACUCUGUGCAGAAAUAUUUAUUUUUUAGCAAAUAUUUUCUUCAGAGAUUGGUAUGUGAUAUUGACAGUGUAAUCUACUUGCACACCUAGUUUUGCAAUAACCUUCCACAAAUAACUGUAAAUAAGAAAAAUGUAAAUUUCAUGUAAAAAUGGUUGCAAAUUUUUGGUAGCUAAAAGUGUACAAGUUGUAUUGAAAUAUAGUAUAUAUACAUAAUUUAAGAAUGAAGCAUAUAAUUUCUGAUCUAUUUAUACAUGAAAAUUUAAGAAUUUGUAAAAGAAAUUAUUUUGGGGAAAAAGAAAGUAAAUCUCAUUAGGUAGUUAGGAUACUUUUAUUAGAGAAGCCAACUAUUUCCAACAUUUUACGAGGUACAGUGAUAGAUCCAGGUAAGGUGGUGCUGAUAUUUCACCAAAUCACAUAAUUGUAACAGUGCUACAGUUUUACUGAGUUCCACUUGGGCACUAGUAAGCUGGUCGGAGUGGUAAAAAGCAUUAAAUCUAAAAUUAAAGAUACAUAAAAACACUUCACUUUUUGCCCCUCAAAAAUAGUAAUUUACUAAAGCAUUUAUUGUUUGAUUACUUAAAAUUUCUGAUGGCUAAUUAGUCUAACUUACAUGUGAGACAAAAUUUUCAAAAUGUAUGCUUGAAACAUUUUUCAUCCAGAGUGAAAAUAUCAGGGCAGUAUUAUUGCCUAAGUUUCAUACAUUCUCAGUUGUUCCCCUGGAAUCAUUAUUAUUUAAGAAAAAAAAUCAAACUGUCAUCAAAGAAAACUUUUAAGUAAAAGUGGUUGAUCAUAAUGUGGUAUGUUCUAAACUAAGAAAGAGCUGUUUAGUCUGUUUAGAGUUUAGAUUACCCACCAUUCAUGUUUAAGGUUUAAAAAAAACCAAGAGAACAUUUCCCCAUUUGACAAAACAAAACAAAACAAAACAAACCAUAGAGUAGCAGAAAGCACUGUAUUGAUAUCCAUAAGUGUAGCUUAAGUAUGAAAAAGCUAAAUAUUAAAAAAAAACUUAAAGUGUCUUGCCUUAAGAUAAAUGUGGAGGUAAAAUACCUUUGGGAAAUUAAAUAUGUAUCCAUAAGUUCAGUUAAUCCUAAAAUCAUUUUUAAAUGGCCUAUAAUUUUCAAAAGAAUAUAGAUCUUUAAUUAGUAUGUUUCUGGAACAUCCAUAUUAGCACAGUUCAGGUUAUCCUUUGAAAUUUCAGUAAUCAUAGCAAGGUAAAAUGUGGUUAAAUGCAAAUGACUGUAUGUAUAUAUCUGUAAAGUACAUAUUUAUAUUUUUAUGCUUAGGGGAAAAGGUUGCCCCACUCAACUGUAACAGAAGAAGAUACUAAUUCCUGGCAUACUUGUCUCAUAUGAAUGUAGCUAUUAAAUGAUGACCUAGACCAAUUCUUCUAAUCACCACCAUCUCUGAUGUUGCAAAGGGGCACAACUAAAAUGUAAGUAGCAUAUGAGCAAGGAGGCUACUCAAUCCCUAACUCUAUGGCACAUCAUAUGGCACAGUUAACGUAGAAGCGCCGUCAAUGUCUACUUACUAUAUAUUCAGAUAUGGCAGCACGUCUGAGUUUUAAAUGCUCGAAAAGUAAUACACACGAGCUGCAUAUUACCAAGCUACAUGGGUAAAAAGAAUGUUAAGUAUUACAAGGCUCUUUGCUUUAUAUUUUUUAAACUAAGUAUCUAGACAUGGCAAGAAAUAAGUAAAAGCACAGGCUUCCCAGCUUUCAAAUAGCUGAUAGUGACACAGAAUUUUUUUUGCAGUUUCCCUUUUUUCUGGAAAGUGGUUUGUGCUCAGUAUUCUAACUUACAGAACAAUUUGAAUUCAGUAUGGACAUAUGUGAUGUUAAGGUUUCAUUCUAGGCUACAAAUUAUCUGAACAGUAUCCAUUUUAAAUCCUGCCUGCAUUCAUCACUGUAAUAACAAAAGUUCUAAAUAUUUUUUCUUUGCAUCAUCUAAUUAUUAUUAUGAAGUUAUCUUAGAUGAUACCUUACUUAGCAUUGUACAUUUCAAAAUGCCUAAUUUGCUAGGAAGAUGAUUUAAGACAAAAAAAUAUACAUCUUUUAAUAUACAUUUCAAAGUAAUAAAACAUCCAUGGCUGAGUUUUAAAGUUUAAAAGAAAAAUAUGCUAACCUAAAAAGUAUUGAAUUUUACUCACUAGAUUUAAUUUACUAGGUUUUAAUUUUUUUAUUAAUUCCUAGAAAAACUGCUACAAAGAAAACAUAUCAUUUAUGAGUCUGUCAAACAAAAAGACAAAAAGAACACCUCUGACAAAUAGUAUUUAUUUUGUUUGUCCGGUUUAAUAAUGCCAUAUGAUUACAAGUUAACUUGAUUUGUACAUUUUACAUAAAGAAAUCAUCACAAAUUAAAUUUUGGGGUUAAAAUGUGGGGGUGUUUUUUCUUUAAUUACAUUACAAAGACUUUAAACUUCAGUAAUAAGCUUUACUUUCUUCCAGACUAAAUGCUUUUUCUGGAAAUAAACAUAUCACUUGGACUUUUUUUUUUUUUAAACUACUUUUUGUUUCUGAAUGCAUGCUUACAUGGAUCAUACAAGCACAGUCUUUGAAAUUACAUUUAAAGUGGACCAAAUUAAGUUUCCAAUAGUAUUGAUGUCCCCUUGAUGUAAUUUAAAAUAUGUAAACUGCCACUCGAAGUAGAAGUGCAACACCUGACAUUAAUUGUUUGGCAGUCUUUUAGGCAUGGGUGAAUCACUGCACUGUUAUUUGAACUGAAGCAUCUCAUAAUAUAUAUGUUAACAGAUUUUGUAUGAUGCAAAACUUUAUAGCAAGCUAUUUGAAUGUUUACUAAAAAUUCUCAAAAUGACACAGAAACAUGUUUACUGUAUAAAUAAAAGCACUUAGACAUUAA